GCAGGCGGAUGGCUACACGUAGGAAGAGCGCUGUAAACUGCUGCACGGCCCCGGUCUCCCUCCGCGGGCUCUAUAUGCUACAGGGACACCAAGAUGGAAAUCCAGGGGCCGGCGGGGCAGCGGCAGCAAGAUGGCGGCCCCGGGCUCCCCGCUCAGCGUGAGGAGGGCUCAGAGGACGAGGACAGGGCCGUGGCCGGAACAGGCGGCGGCGGGGGGAACGUGUACCCCAUCUACAUGGUGGUCAACCUGGGGGCCUCCACCGACAGCCCCGCGGCCGCCUCCGAUAGCACGGAGCUCCCCCGGCCCAGCGCCGCCCCCGACCUGGGCUACCUGACGGUACGGCUGGAGAACGGCGUGCUGACCCUGGGGACCAGGGAGGCCCCGGAGAGCGGUGAGAUCGCGGAGAGCAGGCCGCAUCCCCGGCCUGGGAGUCACAGCGCCCCGGCCACCCCGCAGCAGGCCUGGGCCUCCGACCUGUCCCCGCAGGGGGACCCCAGCAGCAUCAGCACCGCCCAGCACAGCUUCUCCGAGGGCCUGGACGACGUGGACAUGGUGCUGAGGGACCCCGAGGACGAGCACGUGACCAGCUUCCUGGUGGGGGACAUUGGGGAGCUGCAGGUCAACCUGGGGGAGGCCCUGGACCUGGCCCGCAAAGGGGUGCUGCUGGUCUUCCGCUGCCCUGAGCCCGGCUGUGCCAAGGCCUUCGACCGCAAGCAGCAGCUCAAGGUCCACCUGCUAAGCCACACCGAGGACCAGCGCCCCUUCAAGUGCCACCUGGACGACUGCGGCUGGUCCUUCACCACCCUCUACAAGCUGAAGCGCCACUUGCAGUCCCACGACAAGCAGCGGCCUUUCCCCUGCGAGACCCCGGGCUGCGGCAAGAGCUUCACCACCGUCUACAACCUCAAGGCCCACCUGAAAGCCCACGAGAUGGAGAACCAGUUCCGCUGCGAAGCCUGCGGCGAUUCCUUCCCCACCGCAACCAAGCUCGGCGCCCACCGGCGGGCCCACUUCGAGCCGGAGAGGCCCUACAAGUGCGAGUUCCAUGGUUGCGACAAGACUUUUAUUACAGUGACUGCGCUGUUCUCGCAUCACAGAGCACACGUACGGGAACAAGAACUAUUCACCUGCUCUUUCCCUGGCUGCAACAAGCAAUACGAUAAGGCCUGCAGGCUGAAAAUACACCUCCGCAGCCACACAGGGGAAAGGCCUUUUAUUUGUGACUUUGAGAGCUGUGGUUCAUCCUUCACGAGCAUGUCCAAGCUGUUAAGGCAUAAAAGGAAACACGAAGAUGACCGGCGUUAUCCGUGUCCGGUGGAUGGUUGCGGGAAAUCGUUUACAAGAGCAGAGCACUUAAAGGGUCACAGAAUUACUCACCUGGGUACUAAACCCUUUGAGUGCCCUGUGGAGGGUUGUGGAGCCAAGUUUUCCGCCCGCAGCAGUUUAUACAUCCAUUCCAAAAAGCACCUCCAGGACGUGGAUGCCUCAAAGAGCCGCUGUUCCGUGUCCAACUGCAGCAAGAUCUUCACUUCUAAGCAGAGCCUGAAAUCUCACAUGGUGAAACAGCACGGCCAAGACCUAGAAGCCGCCAGCUCCCUGACACCCAGCAGUGAACUCACAAGCUCGGCCCAGAGCGACCUCAGCAAUCUGGACCUGUCCUCCCUCUUCACGAACGUGUCCUCCGGUGGGUCCGGGAUCUCGGCUGACUUGACCCUGGUCAACUCUGGAAUACUAACCAUCGAUGUGUCUUCUGUGAGAUCUACGCUAGGCGGCAACCUGACAACCAACAAUAACUCUCUGGCCCAUCCCGUAGACCCUUUGGUGUUGGUGUCAAACAAUGAAAGCCAUCACAGUUUGGAGAGCUCCCUAUUGCUCGGAGCCGCCGCGUCCAUCCUUCAGCAGGGCAACCUACACCUGGACGAUGUACAGACUGUAAACGCGGAGGCCCUGGGUUCCCUGGCUUCUCUGUCAAUGAGAGGUUCCAACCAGGACCUGCACGCCCUUACAUCCACCAACAACCUUACUAUAGAUUCAUCUACUCUAACCCCUUCUGUUAGCCUGGCCACAAGCAGCUCCAUGCCCGAAUUGCUGACGCAGGUGAAAGCGGAAGGAAGCCUGUUGCCGAGUUCAGAGGUCGUAGGUCAGCAAGAGGGGAGUAAAGUGGUAACACAGUUCGUCUUUCCCAACCCCACAGGCACCUACAGUUCUCAGAAAGAAACAGAGUUUAGCCCUGUGGCCGGGAGCUCUGUAGUGGAGAGCGGGGGCUCGGCGAGGACAGACUACAGAGCCAUUCAGCUGGCCAAGAGCAAGAAGAAGGGAGGAAGCAGCACAGGUUCUCCACAGAAAAAAAGUAAAGGUACAAAACCAAACUCUGUGGUGUCUCCUACCGGGAACCGGUUUGGCGGCAGCGUUGUUGUGCCAAAUAGUGGGCUGACGAUACGGGACCCAGCCACCGGGGCGCAGUAUGUGCAGAUUCAGCUGUUGCAGGACGAUCCCCCGGGAGAUGGUGACCUCCCUUUCCAGCUGAACGCACAGUCUCCGGCCGCUCACACACCGCUUACUGUGGAUUUGCCUGUACAUAUCCUUCAGGAGCCUCAUGCCUCCACAGAAGAGGAGGCCACCUCAGACAAUUCUCAGUUUACAGGGAGUACCAUAAACCUUCAGGACCUGGAAUAAAUUGGACUUGUGGACCUGAAAACAUGGAAGUGUUACUUAGUGGGUGCUGUCAGGUGCCGAUCGUUUCCUCUUCCGUUCAAGCCAACCACGUGGGUGUCCCAGAGCAGCCGCUUCUCUGUGGAUGGUUCUCUGACGUGGCAUUUCAUUUUGCACUAUCAGAUUUUACUUUCAUCUCUUACCAGGCGUAUUGUCACACAAACCUCUACAUGGAGCCAUGGAAAGCUGGUCUUUACUCUUCCGUCUAUGUCCUGCUCCCCUCAAUUCAGUAUGAAACGACCUGCUCCUUCCCCGCCAGUGGGGAGAAGUGGAGAUAGUCCGGACGUGUUGAGUCUGGAAGUUAGUAUUCUGAUGUCUGAUCAAGAUCACGCGUGUUACACGUUAGCAGCCUCAUUGCACUCAGUAUUUGAGCUGUGUAUCCAGAAUCAUUGGCACAAUGCUGUGUACCUACCUCCUGCGCACGCACCUGUCAGCGGGGCGUCUGAUGGCUUACACAGCAACGCACAGGACCACCCUUACAGUUCAGUCCUUCUCUAUUGACCGACCCAGCGUCGGAUUCCUCAGUAUAUGUAUCAUUGCUUAUAUUUAUUUGCGUACAGCGCUGAAACUUUUUUUUUCUUUUUUUUUUUGCUUCUAAAGGCCCAUACACACUUGACGAUAAAAUGAGCGACGUCGUUCAUUUCAGCCCUCAUCAACGACGUCGCUCAUUAUAUCGUCAAGUGUGUAUGCAUCAGACGACCACCGAUGCGCGGCCCCGCGGGACGUUAACGACCCUCGCUUAUCUGUGGAGCAUGUAUGCUCAAUUUCCACUAUGGUCGUUACCGACCAGAGACGUCGUUGAAUGUAUAUGGUGUGAACGACCUACGACCAAGCCACUGUUCACCAGCCCUGUUCCCAGCUCAUUAUUUUAAUAAACUGUUCAACUUGGAUGCUUCAA